AUGGCCCGUGAUCUUCGGGGUCAGGCCCUCCAGCGGCUUGCUGGACUAGCGGCAGCAAGCUCAGAUGUAUCUUUUGACAAAUCUGAUCUCGACAGGUUAUGCAGGGCUACUCCUCCCCGCCAGGGCUCGGCGCCGUCCCUCAACGGUCACCAUGUAUCAGGUCCCCGACCAGAAAUCGGCCAUGUCCCGAUGGUAGUACCCGAUGCCCUCACCAUUCGCGAGUACGAAAUCCUACUGGCCCUCUGCAAGACAGCUCCCUCUCUCCAGACGACACAGAGCGCCCAGAAGCUAUCCCGCCAUCUCGUGCCUUACCUUAUGGAUUCCCACAUCCAAGCGUUUGCUCCGUCUCCAUUUUUCCGCAAAGUUGAGCCCUCGCCAACCGAGUCCUUGAGCUUCCAUGUCACCGCCGCACUCCUCUCGUUAGGGGCACACCAUCCCGAUGUACGGCAGAACAUAUCUGAUAGUCUUACCGGAUUCAUCAAUGCCUGUGCUCGCGCCGCCGAGAGUAUUCCCCGCGCUACGGAUGAUGACGACGAUCCGGGGGCCGUGGAAGAUGCUACCAGAACCGCUACCAUUGUAAUUGCUCUCCUAGGAUUCCUAGACGCAGCGUGUGCGCAGGCGGACUUUUGGAAAUCAGGGGGCCGUCUUGGUCUGGUGACUCGCGUACGCGAUCUCCUUUCCCAGCCUUUCCUCGUCGCCGUCGAGGCGGCCUUCUCCACUAUUCGAAAUGCCCAUCCCCAUGACCGCCAUAUCAAAGAGUGGAAACGAUGGACGCGGCACUACGACGACGUGGAUCGCCCGCUGGGGGCUACACUCCUGCAGCGCAGUUUCAUGAGGCUGCUUGUGGCUGCCACAUCGCUUCUGGUCGCGGAAGAGGGCGCCCUCCGGGAAUCUCACGUUCUUGACGUUAUCAUGUCUGGCCAUGGCCUGCGGCGACCGCUGACUGCCCGUAGCGCCGAGGCUGAUUUCCGCUCUGUUGAACUAUAUGCCACAGUCGCUAUCGACCAGAUGAACUACCUGGAAUCCAGUGCCGACUUUGAUAGCCUGUCUCCAGCCAAGCAGAGGCUUGCCUCUUCCGUCAAGGCCUGUGCCCUAAUCAGCUAUCUCAAUGCGUGUACCUUGAACGAUGAUGCCGCCGACGGCGAAGUUCUCAUGUCCUGGCUCGAGGACACCCUUGGCGAUGCCGCGGCCAUGACCGACGACGAACUUGCCGCUGUGGUCCUCAAGUCUAUGGCGCUGCUGUGCAGGGUCUCACCGUCAUACGCCAUUAACGUCAGCCGGCUCCUUCCCCGUUUCAUAGUUCAAAGCGGCGCUAAGAGUCAGAUGGUCGCCGUCGCGUCGAAAUCCCUCGCAUUCGUACUACAGAAACUCUCCAAAGAUGCUGUCAUCACCACUCUGUACACCCUUGGCAAUGUUUUGGGCCCCGGGAACGACCGGCCCGUGACCAACGGGGCUGGCGAAGGCGCCAGUCAAGGGCCCUCAAAUGUCUAUGGAUCCAGGCACUCGACAGGCAGUUCGAUCUCACUGCAGAUCUCAGGCGAAGAAGAAUCGCCGAUCGUCCAGGGGAAUGUGGUACAAGCCAUCUGCGAGAUCGCGGGUGCCUCGAAAGAUGAAAAGAUCACUGGUCUUGCCCAGUCGAUGCUCGCGCAAAAGAUUGUCAAGCUCAACAGCCGGCUUGAUGCUCGGAUUAUCACUGGCGCCGCUACCCUAGCCCUCAGUGGCGGCCAGUCCGAGUUUCGCUACCUCCUCAAGCGGUAUGCUGCCGUUGCGCAUGAUGCUGUGAUGGAAAGCAAGGAUGGGGUUCUACAAGGCAUUUUGAAGGCCCGAACCCAUAUUUCAGCCAACAUUCGACGAGAUUCGCCCUUGUUUGCUAUCUACCUAGAAGAUUUACUCGACGGCAUCAUCUCCCAGGGCGACGCUCAUGCCAGCCAAAAUCACCAUGCCAAAGAAUCUGACGUAGAACUUGCUGCUCGUGAAAUCGGCCAACUGCUCCCGCCUCUCGCCAUCUUCAUGUCUGCGCAUCCACAAGCUUUUGACGAGUCCUCUGACGAUGAUACGCGCUCCAUGCUUCGCGAUGCUUGGUUUAAUAUCGUCGUUCACGGCUUCACUCCUUCUACCGAUCGGGGGAAGCAAAGCCUCAAGCAUCUCCGGAUCAUGGCCAUCCACUCCCCGCCCUUGGUAUCCGAAAAUCGCGGGGAGCAAGAUGAGAGCGACAUUGACCUGAACCCCAUCCUCCGCAGGGGCGAAAGCUCCGAGCGGGAGUCUCUCCAGAAGAAGCUCCUUGCGGAGUUAGUACCUGCGCGAAGCAGCGAGAUUAAAGGGCUCAGUUAUCGCAAAACAAUCUUCCUUCAGGCUGCUUGCCUUGUCGAGAGCCUGCGGGCGGACGCUGGCGAUUGCACCAAGGCCCUGUCGUAUUUCCUAGAGCCCAGUAUGCGACGGGGUGAACCGAGCCGCACCAUGGAUGCUAUCAUGAACGCUGUCAUGGACAGGUACUUAUACAAGACCGUCAACGCCGCAAACCCGACCUUUUCCGCCCAGUAUGCAGCGGCGCAGCUAGCCAGGAUAUUCUGCAGCUGUUGCCAUCGGAUAGAGCGAGUGCAGCAGGCGGCAUUUGGCUGUGCGGAUCGUUUAGUCGAGUCCAUCCCGUCAGCUCUCUGCCAACCUUCAUCCCUUUUCACGCUCCUUGAGCUUCUCUCCUUAAUGUGGUCCAGCUGUCUCGAAGCAGAGACAGACCGGUAUGAGCCGAGGACCACAUUCAGGUCCUCCAGGGGGGACGUGGUUGUCGAACUCUCAGACGACUACCAGUUCAGGCAGCUCACUCUUGCGAACCUUCACAGAAAGGCAAAGGCUUGGCUGGCGAGGGCGAUCAACAUCGCCCCUGCAGACGUCAAAGGUUUAUUGCAGACUUACCUGUCUGAGUUUGAUGAGGAGAGCGGCUACGGCCACAUGUCCCUUGGCAGAUCAUUUGCAGUUGAGAUCGGUUCGACCAUCCCAUCAACCGACCAAAGGCUGUCAUCGCUUGACAUGCUAGGGAACUGCCCCAUAAACACGGCUUCUGACUUCAUGGCCCAGUACACGACGCGGCAGGAAUAUCGGUACUCGGAGGCCUUGCCCGACCAGAGCCGAGAAUGGUCCAGCUUCAUGCGCGUGGGCCAUCGAGCAUCAUUCCUCACCUCGCCGGACAACGAGAGCGCCGACGCUAUUACGGCCCUCGCUCACAUUGAAAAGCGUAUCAUUGGCCGCAAGGCCGCUUCGCACACAGAUGUCAGAGACAUCCUCCGCCGCGCCGCCGCGCUUCUAUGCCGAAGUGAGAAGGAUGAGUGCUCCAUCAUUCACUAUCUUGUCAGCAUACCGUUUGCCAUGUUCACGAAGCAAUCGAUCAAGCUCGGUAUCUCCCUGUGGCUCGGCGUCAUGAAUGAGAAUCCCAGAAUGGAACCCCGCCUCCUGGCCGAGAUUGUACAUCGGUGGGAGUCCAGCGUGCAGAAACGGCAAGGGCUUUUCAGUCCCUCCAUUACGAACCCUGACCCGUUCUUCCUUAGACAGGAGUUUGCUCCUAGCGACAAUGCGGCUCUUGCGAGGCGUAAGCAGCUCGUUCACAAUUUGCUAGCCCCCCACUCUCGACUCCUGCAAUUCUUGGGCAGUCACUACAAUGCUACCCGUUUGGGGAGCCCCGAUACGCAGCACCUCUUUCUCCGCCUUCUUGACAUAACGCUGGAGGCGAUCAAAAACUCGACGCCCCAUCCAAUGGCUAGAGAAAUUCGGUUCCAGGUGAUCCUCUUCGGCCUCAAGGUGCUCAACACCAGCACCACCAUGGGAAUCGUUGCGAAAUACCGCUUAAAGGACCAGCUCCUUUCUGCAGGUCUUAGCUGGUUUGAUGCUUCGCCACGCUGGUCUUUCGGAAGCAAUAUUCUUCAGCUCAGGACUGAGAUUCGCUUGAUCGAGGAUGUCAUGGCAGCGCUAAGGGAGACGGUCGGCAUCGGCGCCGAACCGGCAGGCCCAGUCAAGUCGCUUGCGCCCAAGGAAAGGUUGCUUGUCUUACUUUUGGAGAGCGAGCAUUCGAGACUGCACGUCUGGGUCCGUCCCGUCGACGCGUCAAGGCCGCAGUCAACCUUUCAUCAUGGUGGCAAGGAGAGCCCACUUGAGGCCGCAAUCCAACCCCUAGUACGGACUGCUUGGACAGAGAGCCCGUCCCUUGCCGUGCACUUGGCCAGCAGAUUCCCGUACCCUCGAGUCCAGAGGGAGGUUCGUUGGCUACUGCUGAACUUCCCAAGCAAGGCUGCGAAAGAACCGGAGUCGAUACCCAUUCUUAUCGAUGGUACCUUACCCGACGAUGUUAGCUUCCAGCUGAAGUAUCUGCUAUUUUGGGCCCCCGUCAACCCGAUAACGGCCGUGACCCUCUUCCUGCCGGCGUAUCGGAACCAUCCGUACUUGAUCCAGUACGCUAUGAGGGCGCUGGAAAGCCACUCAGUUGAUGUGACGUUCUUCUAUGUCCCGCAGAUUGUCCAGACGCUUCGAUACGACGCCCUAGGUUACGUUGAGCGUUACAUUUUGGAGACUGCGCAGUUUUCACAGCUCUUCGCACACCAGAUCAUCUGGAAUAUGAAGGCAAACGCCUACAAGGAUGAUGAUCAGCAAAUUCCCGAUGCCAUCAAACCCACCCUUGACAAAGUUAUGGGCCAUAUGGUCGAGAGCUUUUCCGAGGUCGACCGGGAUUUCUACGAACGCGAAUUUGCCUUCUUUGACGAAGUUACGAGCAUCUCGGGAAAACUUAAGCCGCUGAUCAAGCGCUCAAAGCCCGAGAAGAAGCAGAAAAUUGAGGAAGAGCUUCGAAAAAUUAAGGUCGAAGUUGGAGUGUAUCUGCCCAGCAACCCAGACGGUGUCGUUAUUGGCAUCGACCGGAAGUCAGGUAAACCGCUACAGAGCCAUGCCAAAGCUCCCUACAUGGCAACGUUCCGCAUCAAGAGAAACAAGGGCGGGGAUGAAGAGGUUGAGGAACUGCUUGAGGAAGACGCCGAAAGCACCGAUAAGACCGGUCAGGAGAACGCGAUCGAGGUAUGGCAGUCGGCUAUCUUCAAGGUGGGCGACGAUUGCCGCCAGGACGUGCUGGCUCUUCAGAUGAUUGCUGCAUUCCGCGGGAUAUUCCACAGCGUCGGUCUGGACGUUUACGUGUUCCCCUAUCGUGUCACCGCCACGGCCCCCGGCUGCGGUGUCAUUGACGUCCUUCCGAAUUCCAUUUCCCGGGAUAUGCUCGGCCGCGAAGCCGUGAACGGGCUCUACGAUUACUUUGUUUCCAAAUACGGCAACGAGGACUCACUCCGGUUCCAGCAGGCACGAAACAACUUCGUCAAGAGCAUGGCUGCGUAUUCCGUCAUUUCCUUCCUCCUCCAAUUCAAAGAUCGGCACAACGGCAACAUCAUGAUCGACGACGCCGGGCACAUCCUGCAUAUUGAUUUUGGCUUCUGCUUCGACAUCGCCCCUGGUGGUAUCAAAUUUGAGCGGGCGCCCUUCAAGCUGACCUCGGAGAUGGUCGCAGUGAUGGGCGGCAGCGCCGAGCAUCAGUCUUUCAAGUGGUUUGAGGAGCUCUGCGUCAAGGCGUUUCUAGCAUCACGGCAGUACACCGAGAAGCUCUCCCAGAUUGUGCUGCUCAUGAUGGACAGCGGGCUGCCCUGCUUCAAGCCAGAGAGCGUGAAGCACUUUAAGGAGCGUUUCGUGCUGGAGAAGAGCGAGCGUGAGGCCGCCGAGUUCAUGAGGGGGCUCAUCAAGCGAAGCUAUGGCAGCUAUUCGACUGGCAUUUAUGAUCAGUUCCAGCUGCUCACAAACGGUAUCCCGUACUGA